UAAUCGACCCCCCAUACUGCCCCUAACCGCGAGACCGCCAUCUUGUUUAUUUUUGUUCACAUCCCGGCGCCGUACUCGGUCUUCUGAAGAUCUAUUCACUUUGUUUCAUAGCAGUUUGCCCCGUCAAAGGGGUCGAAUCUGCAGACAUUGGGCGAAUUGCUAGUAAGCACGUAAGGACCGUCUCGCAGAGAAGUCUUCUGACUCCCGGGCGAGAAAAACAAACGGUCACAUCACCGCAGACUAAUGAUAUGAACAACACGAUGAUGAACCAUGUAAACGACAACGAUGGGAUCAAAACAGAAGCGGAGGAAAUGGACACUGAUCAGGAUGGUAAUAACUGUCAUAAUGGCAGUGAAAAUCAAGGUGCAAUAAAUGGUGAGGUAAAAUCAGCAGCCACCAACAAUGAUGAGGAAAUGGAGGAAGAUGAGAGUCGAGCUGAAGCCACAUUCCAGUUUGUGGUGGAGAACUUCAGCAAACUGGAAGAGUCAGUUCUCAGUCCACCCUGCAUGGUCAGAAAUUUGCCAUGGAAAAUAAUGGCAAUGCCUCGAAAGAACCAGAGUGCAGAACGGCAGAGAAGUUUCGGCUUCUUUCUUCAGUGCAAUGGAGAGACCGAAUCCACCUCAUGGUCAUGCCAUGCUUCAGCAGAACUCCGGAUGCUCAAGUGGGACCCAGAAGGGGAACCCUGCAAGAGAAACAUUCAGCAUCUGUUUUACCACAAAGAAAAUGAUUGGGGAUUCAGUCACUUCAUGGCAUGGCAAGAUGUGCUUGACCCUGCCAAUGGUUAUAUCAAAGAUGACAAAAUCAUCUUAGAAGUUCAUGUCACAGCAGAUGCUCCUCAUGGCGUAAGCUGGGAUUCCAAGAAACAUACCGGUUUUGUGGGCCUAAAAAAUCAGGGAGCCACUUGCUACAUGAAUUCACUGCUGCAAACUUUGUUCUUCACAAAUAAACUCAGAAGGGCUGUAUACCUGAUGCCCACCGAGAGUGAUGACGGCACUCGAAGUGUACCUCUCGCCCUUCAGAGAGUCUUUUAUGAGCUUCAGUUCUCAGACAAACCAGUUGGAACUAAAAAACUCACAAGAUCCUUUGGAUGGGAGACCUUAGAUUCCUUCAUGCAGCAUGAUGUCCAAGAAUUGUGCCGUGUGUUGCUAGACAACAUGGAGAGCAAGAUGAAAGGCACAUGCGUGGAAGGAACAAUUCCGAAGCUUUUUGAGGGUAAAAUGUUGUCAUACAUCCGAUGCAAGCAUGUUAACUAUGACUCCAAACGAGAGGAGACCUUCUUUGAUAUUCAACUCAAUGUCAAGGGGAAGAAAAACGUUAAUGAGUCUUUCAAGGAAUAUUGCACAGUUGAAACACUUGAUGGUGACAACAAGUACGAUGCAGGGGAAUAUGGUCUGCAGGAGUCAGAGAAGGGUGUCAUGUUCCUCUCUUUCCCCCCUGUGUUACACCUCCACCUAAUGAGGUUUAUGUAUGAUCCAGUCACAGAUGCAAAUAUCAAAAUCAAUGACAGAUUUGAAUUCCCUGAGAGGUUGAAUCUGGAUGAGUUUCUUCAGAAAAAGGAGAAGACCUCUGCUACCUACCUUCUACAUGCAGUACUUGUACAUAGUGGUGAUAACCAUGGCGGGCAUUAUGUUGUAUAUAUCAAUCCAAAAGGAGAUGGCAAAUGGUGCAAAUUUGACGAUGAUGUUGUCUCUCGGUGUACAAAGUCAGAAGCCAUUGACCAUAACUUUGGCGGGCAGGAUGAAGACCUGACCGUCAGACACUGUACAAAUGCUUACAUGUUGGUGUAUAUACGUGAAAGUGAAUUGAAUGAAAUCCUUGAGCCUGUGUGUGAGAAAGAUAUUCCUGAUUCUUUGGUUGCCAGAUUGACAGAAGAAAGAAAAUUGGAGGCUCUCAAGAGGAAAGAGAGAACAGAAGCUCACUUGUACAUGAAUGUGCACAUGUUGACAGAAGACAACUUUUGUGGUCACCAAGGCAAUGAUCUGUUUGACACAGAGAAAGUCAACUACAGGAGUUUCAAAGUAAAGAAAAUGCUCACACUCACUGAAUUCAUGGAUACCCUGGCAGAUAACCUGAAAUACCCAGUCCAACAGAUCAGACCAUGGCCGUUUCACUGCAGGCAGAACCAAACUUUCCGGCCCUCAAUCCUCGAUUUAGAGGCUGACUUCAACAAACAGGUGAUAGAGCUUGCAGAGCAGGAGAACCCCUGGAUUAUCUUUGUGGAAACUCUUCACCCAGAAAGUGGACUCCAGGAGCUGCCUCAAUUUGACAAAGACACUGAUGUCCUUCUUUUUCUGAAAAUGUAUGAACCCAGAACAAAGUCCAUUUCAUAUGUUGGACAUUUGUAUGUGCCCAUCUCUACCAAAGCACAUGAGUUGGUUCCAGAUUUAAACAGAAAAGCUGGCUUCCCCGUGAAUACGUCCCUUUUGCUCUAUGAGGAGGUGAAACCCAACAUGAUAGAGCGACUGGAGGAUCUCAGUUUGCCCAUGGAGAAGUUGCUUGAUGAGCUCAUGGAUGGCGACAUCAUCGUCUUUCAGAGAGAGGAAGAGGAUCUCACUCAGUAUCCCCUGCCCACUCCCAAGGAGUACUUCAGGGAUCUUUUCUAUCAAGUGGAGGUGACGUUCUGUGAUAAAUCUGUAGCCAAUGACUCAGGUUUCACCCUGGAUCUGUCUCAGAAGAUGAACUAUGACCAGAUGGCCAAUGCCGUUGCGCAUCACUUGAGUACGGAUCCCUAUAAGCUGCAAUUCUUUAAAUGUCAAGGGUAUAGGGAUGGACCAGGGAACCCAGUCAAGUGCACUUAUGAGGGAAAUUUGAGGGAUCUCCUAGUUUACUCUAAACCGAGACAACCGAAGAAACUCUACUACCAGCAGUUGGACAUGAAGAUCAAUGAACUGGAAAACAAGAAGCAAUUCAAAGUGUUAUGGCUCAACAGCAAGAUGAAGGAGGAGAGAGAACUGGUGCUGUACCCAAACAAGAACGGCAAAGUGCAAGACUUGUUAGAGGAGGCCAAGAAACAAGUGGAGCUUUGUGAAAAUGGCUCAGGGAAACUAAGGCUACUAGAGAUCAUCAGCUACAAGAUCCUGGCUGUACAAAAGGAGGACCUUGCGCUGGACCACCUAGUGGUGGGCGGGACCAAAACGUACCGUAUCGAAGAGGUCCCUGCCGAGGAGAUGAACAUACCCACUGAUGAGUUGCUCAUUCCUGUCGCUCAUUUUCAGAAGGAAAUGUACCAGACCUUUGGCAUCCCUUUUCUUCUGAAAAUCAAAGAUAAUGAACUGUUCAGUGAUGUGAAAGAGAGAAUACAGAAGAAACUUGAUAUUCCUGAGAAAGAGUUCGAGAAGUACAAGUUUGCAAUCAUCGUGAUGGGCAGACUGGAGUACAUCUCUGAAGACUCUCAGGACGUCCGUGUUGAUCUCAAGAAGUUUGUGCCUCAUCCAGUGCAAACUGGCAUGGGUAUGCAGGCGCGCCCCUGGUUAGGUUUGGAUCACGUGAACAAGACUCCAAAACGAGCACGUUACAACUACCUGGAGAAAGCCAUCAAGAUUCACAACUGAAAGGAGUACCCACAAGGCAGCUAGCUUACUCUUCUUCGUCGUCCUCGUUAAGUGUUCCCCAAGACCUGAUAAUGAUGAGAUACAGAUAUAAGAGUUUCAGAUUGAGUAUAUUCCUGAAACAUGUAAAUUUGAGCGCGUAGACACUCAAAUGUCCGAUGUUGAGAGACAGGUAUGGGGUGGUUGAAUUUUGAAAUGCUUGGCACUAUUCCAAAGUGUUCAUAGGAAAUGAUACUCAGUGAAAGUUCUCCUGGUUUCCAAGUUAAAAAAAGAAACGCAGGAUGGUUGGACAUUGAGGCACUUAAUGGCUCUGUAUUUCUGUGGGGAAAACCCUUUCUGUUCUGUCCUGCUCUUUUUUAAGUUAAAGGAGCUGUGAUUUGUACCCUGUACCCAUAUGGGGCUCUUCUUGUGGUAACUGCUCUUAUACGAGUCUUUGCUUGUUAAACUACCGUGGCAUGUGCAAGUCUGUUGAAAGGAAGCUUGAGUAGUGGACAAUUAAUGUGAAGAGGGGGGGGGGUGUAAAGGGUUUGAUUGGAGAAAGCUGGAUGAAGGGACGUGGUAUUUGCUCCCAGGUAAUUUUGUCUUUUGCCAGCUUGAUAUUUCGAGUGGGGCUUUUUUUUUUCUUGAGGUCGUCUACACUCAUGGCAAAUACACUAUACACACACCCAUGCCCUGUAUAGAUAACCCAAUCAGCAAGCUGCACAUAAAGGCAACUGGCAUCAUGAAACUGACCUCUGUGAAUAGGUUGGGCCCUUUUUCUUUUUUUUUUCAAAGGUUUGAGUUUCUCCCUUACACCCGCAUGUGUUGAGUAUAUGUCAUCUUCAACUUGACCCAAGGGUCACCACUGUCUGGUACAAGUGCAUUCUUAAGGCUUGAAUGUUUUGGCUCUAGUUUGUAACGUCUUUCCUUUUUCGCUGUUAUAGAAGCAUCAGCGGUUUACCAAUUGAUUGUUCUGUUUUGGUAUGAUGAGGUUUUGGAUUCGAGUCCUUUUGAGUUUAGCAUGCACUGUCUGUGGGGGCUGUCUGAAAGUGGUUGGGGGUUGUUACACUGAAUAGAGGACACACUCUCUUUUUCAAAUUGGCUGGUGUAAAGAAUGUUAGUUAGUAAACAAAUUGUUUUGUCUUUAGGAAAACUCUGUGCUUGGAUUCAUGGCCUUGCUCAUGUUCUCACCGGAAACUGAUGCAAUGGAUGGCUCUGUGAGUAAAGUUCUGACGGAGCUGCUUUUUUUUACAAGGGCUAUUGUAAAGAUAGAUUGGUUUUGGUUGUGUCAUGAUGAAAGAAAGGUGUGCUUGUGAUUUUUUGUAAUAAUUUUUUUGUGGAAGGACAAAAUAGGACAGGAUCUUUUUGAAUAUUUAUGUACUGCUGUUCUUUAGUAAAUGUGGGAGGAAGAAGUGCUAUGCCUGGUGUUAUAGAUCAGCUGUCUAUAAAGAUAAUGUUUAUUUCUUCUUUUUUUUUCCAAGGGGCGGGAGUUGCAAUGUUUCAUUUUAGAAAGCUGAGUGUGUUGCUGAUCUUCCGUGAAUACUAAACAGAGACCUGUAAUACCUAUUUCCCUUUCUUUUAUAGAAUGAGCAUAUUAUUAUAGUUUCACUUCUUUGUUGCUAUUAAAUGCCUCGUUUAAAAUAAUUUUUACAGUAAGACAUGAGCUUUCAUUUCUUGCUAGGUUUAAACUGGCAGGCUAUGUUGUUCGUAUUUGUAGCAAUGAAUUUUUCAAAUGAGAUCCUUAAAUUACUGUUUGCUCUUUAUUUAGAAAUAUUUUAUUUUUAGAUAUGCUUUCACCUUUCUUGUGGGGAGGUGUUCCCUAUUUUUACACAAAUUUACCAAUUCUACAUAAACAGGCAUGCUUGGUCAUAAAGACUGUGUUUACUCCCAUGUGUUUCUCAAAUUAAUUUAAAUAAACAUGUUAGUACGAAUAGUUUUUCGUAAAUUUGAAUCUAAAUCAUUUUGCUCUUGGCAUUCAGCAAGUUGUCUUUGUUAAUGAAAUAAAAGGGUGAGCAUUCUUAUUAUGUGUCCCUGUUGUGGUCGAAGCUUCAUUAUUUAUGUUUCAAAGCUGAUUGUGUUGACUGUUCUCAGUUUCAUUUGAGAGAAAAUGUUUUUGUGUUGUAGGCUACUAUAGUUUCAGUUGAGAUCAUUCUUUUCUCGUAAGCUACUACUGAUCUUUCUAUGUUCCUUUCACUGGAUGGGCUUUCUUGGACAGUUUACGAUAUAACAAAUAGGCAUGCCAAAUGUUUUUCAGAAAAGAAAAAUCUACAAGCAAAACUGUUUGUUGUAAGAAUACAGAUCACUCUUCAUGUUUUCUUUCCACUCAGUGUCCUAAUUUUUAUAGACAUUGCCAAGAAUUGGACAGGUGAUGCUUGCAAUCCUUCCCUCAUCCCUCCCUUUGGUUGUCCUCACAACUGACAGAAAUGUAGCAUGUAUACUAGUCAGUUAGAAACCCUCCCCCAUCCCCACAGUCUGUAGGUCAGUCACUUUGGUGUGAAAUCAUUUUGCUAUAACAGGUGUACUGUCUGAGCAUGCACAGCAAACAUGUGGGUUUUUUGUAUUUUUAUUGAUUAUUAUUAUUUAAACUGUUAGUUUGCUUUUUGCUUGAGUUCUUUUUUGUACUGUCCUCUCCUCAGGUUGUCCAUUCUUCACGGGUAAUGCAAUCUCUAGAUAGGUUCUCUAAAUAAUUCCAUCCUAUUCAUCUGAUUAACCUCCCCAUUGCUUAUGGUCUGCUGCUUGAGUGUUCCUGGUUCAAUGUAAUACGGCUUAUAUGGCCUCAGUUUACCCUUAACUACAUUCAAUUUAGAGUGAGCUUGACCCCAAAGUUAGUGGGAAGUCAUGUGUGACUGAUAGAAUAAGCGGCUCGGCAUCUCCGUGCCAGUAGUCUGGGAGAUCAAGUCGGGCCAGUCUGAUCAGAGAAUGAGGUUUUGAUACCAGGUAAGAAAAUAAAAGCACCGUAAAGAAAGUAGAUCUACUUGUUUUCUAGUCCUCUUCUUGCAAUCAAAAAGAUAGAACAAGUAUUGGGGGGGGGGGGGGGUUGUUUGUUGGUUUGUUUGUUUUUUUCUACUGUUCUGCCUUAUUGGUAUAAUUAUUCUACCAUGUUUGUUUUUUUCUGUACUGCUACAGAGUGAUAGUAAAGAAAAUGAGGUUGGUUUUUAUGUGUUAUAAAUGUCAGAAUAUGAAAAGAUAUUACUUCUUGAGUGUGUCUUUUCUGGGUAUACCGCAACAGGUCUUUUCUGUUGGGCAAUGUACCUGUCUGUGGACUUGUGUUACAUAAAGAUGUACUUGAUAAUAUGAAGCCACGACUGUUGGCGUUUAGGCAGCUUAGAUGAUAUAACAUUACUCAAUGUGGAAGACCUCAGUUUUAGCUAUUACAGUGCUAAAGCUUGGGGGAGUUUGGACAGUUGGGUCUUGUUCUUUAAUUAAAGAUUUAGGGCUCUUCACCCCAUGCUUUUGAGACAGGCUCCUUUUGUUGAUAAAGACCCAAGAUACUCCCCAAGCAAGGGAAAGCCAGCGCCUAUAGAUGUUCUUGAAAUUGCUCGCUCUUUGCCAGCACUUGCAGUAAUUGUAUGUGGUGAAACUACAGCUUAAAACUACUCUCUUUGUGAUGGAAAGAGAAUUGUACUUUUACUGUUGCCUUGGGGUUUUUUUUCACAUUGUUUUACUGUUUAUAAUUGUAUCUAAAGUAGCUGCUUUGAGCUCCUAUAUAUAUAAUACAUUUUGUUAAAAUAUCCCUCUUCUGGAUCCAGGGAAUAGUUUCUGGGCUACCCUCAGUGGUGUUGGAGGCAGAUGUUAGCUCUAAGGUCUCUUCCCCCCUCCUCCCGCAGGUGGCUUCAAUAACAAUAACAGUACCAGUAUUGAAAGGAAUUUCGACCUCAAAACCGAUUAUACUUAACGUUUCCUUGUAUUCUAUUUCUGACAUUUGAUUUUUACUGACCGUCAUUUUUUGCCUGUCAGGUGCUGCACACUUCAACAAGCUGAAUUUGAAGGCCAGGUUCCCCAGUGGUGGCCUAGUUCCGUCCCUGGUCAUUAAUUUCUUGGCGGAGCCAAUUGAGAUUGACUAUGAAUGUGUAUUGUAUUUUCAGGGAAGGGGACGUGGAGUGUAGGGUUAAUUUGUUUCUACCAAAGCACUCAGACUUUUUUUGCACGUAGUGUGGUCCUCGUGUACUGAAAUCUAAAGCGGGUUGUGUAUCAAACAUAACGUAGGACUUUUAUGUCAGUUAUGUUCCAUAUUCUGUUGGGAGGAUUCCCUUGAGGCUUUUUCAGUCUCGUCGUCUGUGUAUAUUCUUGGAGCAUACUUUAUGUACAAAGUUGUCUAAUUACUCAGUUGCUUAUUUGAAGCGAGUGUUGUUGUAAUCAUGUUUUACGAGCUGACAUGGACCUUCUCUUUGUGUGUUGUACUCAUAACAAUAUUAUGUGUACAGUUAAAAAAAAAAAAAAGUAUUUUCUUUAUGCAUCCUGAAUUGUAGCAGAAAUGUACCUCUCUUUCCAUCUCUCACAAUCGAAAGUUUAGGCUUAGCAAAAUAAUUUUGUGUGUGAAUGGCAAUUGUCAUCUUAUUAUGUAACUUUUAUUUUCGGGGAAGAGGAGUGUUCCCUUGGAAAGAAUAACCGCGAAAGACCUUUAAUCUUUAAGCUCAGACUAUUUUUUUAAAAUAGAGUGAUCAAUAUGUUUUUCCAGUAUUGUGUACUCGGGGUGUAUUGGGGGUGGAGGACAUGUAGGCCUACCCAGUCUUCCGGGAUAAAAGUGAAAAACAAGCAUCACGUUUAACUUUUUACAGAAAUAUUGGUUCUAAAAGUAAAAGUCAGAUCUGGAAUUUCUGCAAGCAAAAUAUAAUAAUGAAGUUUCUAGAUCUUGCUAAAACUGAGAUGUCUCUCUUUCCCUUUGUCCAUCGAUAAUUCCUUUCCUAAGAUUCAAGAUGUCUGUCCUGUGUUUCUUUCUCCAGUUGUGUCCAAGUUUUGUCUCCACCGAAAUGCUAUAAAUAUAACAUGUGUAAUUAAGAUCACCUUUAAAAGUGGUAUAUCUGUCUGUCUGAAAGGCAAAAGAUUCUAUGUUAUAGAAAUAGAUCAAAUGUCGGCAAUGCAUGUGCGAAGUGCAAAAGUUGGUUGUACUCGUGAGUUGAACCCAUAGUCCACACAACCCCUGAGAUGGUAGUAACUGGAAUGAGAAGAAAAACAAAAGUUGAUGGCAACCUAAAUAAGAAAAUGAAGUAAGUAAACCACUGUAUAUUUAGCUGUGGACAUCAAGAAGCAAUAAAGAAUAAUGCUGUUGUUGUGGCAGUGGUGAUGACGAUGCUGUAUAAUCAUUCAUAGAUUUAUGGAAGAAUGCGAAGUUGGAGUAGUGAUGUUGGUGAUUAUUUUGCUUUCUUUUGUUUAGUUCUUGUUUUUUGUAUUUUUGUCUUGGUUUGUUGUUUUGUUGGGUUUUUUUUUUAAUUCUUCCUCCUUAGUUUCAUUGAAUCUGGUCGUAAGAGUGUCUGUGUCAUGCUUUUUAUUUUUGUUCCAUGAUGAGAUAAAAUGAAUAAACGAUGCCUACUACGAAGU